GUCGACCGUACUAAAGUAAAGGCAGGGCAGGGCAAGCGCAAGCGCAACAGCUGCAAAUGGACAGUCAGGUGUAGUUGUCAUGUUUAUUGUUGUGAACAUUUGAGGACAUGGCUUAUGUCAACGUCGCCGAAUGGAAACCUGACCAAGUAACCGAAUGGCUAAAAGGUCUUGAUAACUCAAUAGCACCGUAUCUACCACUCUUUUUGGCCAAUCAUUUCAACGGGCAGCUGCUGUUAAAUGUUCGGUCCGAAGAUUUAGACAAUUUAGGAAUUAAGCGGCUUGGUCAUCAAGAACUAAUUUUGGAAGCUGUUGAGCAUCUGAGAAACUUUCACUAUGAAUUGGACAGAGAAAAUCUCCAACUGUUGGCUCUCAGGCUGUCAUGUCAAGCUCACAGCUUGCACAAUGAAUUACGCCAGCUCACUGACUCUCAACCUGUUAGUACUCAAACCUUAGCAGAUGUUGCAAGUGUUGUGAGAGCUGUAAAACCUCUAGUAUGUUGGCUUGACAGGUCACCAUUUUCUGGGCAGCUUGAGUAUGCAGAUAGAAAAAGUGACCUUUUGAAAUGCAGUCUUGAAAUUGCAACAUGUGCUCAGAGGGACCGUUUCGCAGAAAGGCCAGUUGAAGAAAUACGAACUAGCUGUGGAAAAUUGGCUAAUAUUGCUGACGGAAUAAUUCAAGAUAUUGCUGAUCCUUUGAUCCUUCAACCUGCAUCUCUAGAUUUAGCCACUCUAAGGAAGAGAGGAGGAGAUGAUCUAGGUUUUUUUAUUGUACCAUCAUUCCAUGGUAUCCAUCAAAUUGGAGAAAUCAAAUUUGGCUCACCAGCACAUCAAUGUGGGAAAGUGGAAGAAGGGGAUGAAGUAGUGCAAGUUAACUACCAGACAGUUGUUGGAUGGCAACGAAAGAAAGUUAUGGCGUUAUUUGAAGAAUCAUCAACAGAAGUGUUUUUGACUUUAAAAAAGAGGCCAAGGCACACUAAAGUGUAUGGUCAAAUUUACAUGAAGCCGUACAGACUUCCCAGCAAAAAGAGGGCUCCUGCAUAUACUAGAUGGCAUGACAAUCUUCCAUCCCCUAGACCUGAACUGCUUACCAUCCCUGACUUUGAAAUACUUGUCUCAAGACCUGCUCCUAAAACUCCACCCUCUAAGCAUAUUCCUUUAGAGCCUUCAAUAAUUAUCUCAUCUAGCUCUGAGUCUGAUGAUGCGGGGUCUGGCUGUGAUGAAGCAAUUGAUUAUGAGCUGGAAGGACACACCUCUCCCACCAGCAUGCGCUUAUACUUGCCCAAACCUCGAGUGCCUGUGCAGCGGCGCGCAACUAUUACUGGUUCCAGCCCUACUGCUCAUCUACCUCCAGUGGAUUUGGAAAAGUUUUGGAAAGAGUUAAAACUAGAAAAAAAGUGGAAAUAUAGUGGGAAAACUCCAGACUCGCACAACUCCAAUCCAGAAUGUAGAGUUCUCAGGAAUAAGUCUCCAUGUGAACAAAAUGAACGACCUUCUACUUGCCUUGGCUUUGAAAAGUCCUCUAGUAAAGAUUUUAUCAAGCAAGUGGAUUAUGUAGUGAAGCAUGUAAAAACCUCAGAAGGAAUCACAUGUUUAUCUGAAUGUGAUAAGAAGCCAUUUGAUCUUAAUGUCCAUUCAAAUAGUAGAAAUGAUAUUUGUCUGCCUACAUCAGUUCUAGAAGGGGAAACUUUUUCAAGUGAAAAUUCAAAAGAGCCAAAAAAUGAAAAACGUUUUGUUACUAGACUCGAACUUACAGUUGACCCCCGUGAUUGCCAAAUCCAAAUUGCUGAAGUUAGCGGUAAAGAUGUUGAAACUAAAGGUUUAAUAUCAGGAGAGAAAGAACCAAGGACUCCUGAUAGUCUUACAACAGAAGAUACUUGUCCAUCUUUCAUUCAAAAAACACGCAAGAUAUCUACUGAGAGUGAAGUUGGGGAGUUACCGAUCCACAGAGAAAGAGGGAGACUGGAUAAAAGCUUUAGCACACCUGCUUAUGAUUUGUCAGGGUUGGAGGGCUUGGAAGUUAAUCAAAAAUCUCCAGGACCAAUUGGUGAAACAGAAAGUGCAGAUAAAUUUGGAUCCAUAAGCAUUCGCUCUAACAAUGAAUCUUGCAGUGAUUAUUCAGCAAUGCCAGAUUUAACAUCAUCAUCUACUACUGUUAUCAGAAGACCUCAGGAUCAUUCUACACCUACAGUUUUUCAGUUUCCUCCAACUAUCAAACCUGCAUCGUUCAGUUCAGUGAAGGGGCGAGAUAAAGAAGAAAUUCCUAGAGGUGAUAACUGUGACAUGAAUUCAAACCCAGUUUUACAUGGAAGAGUCGUUGAAACCAUCAACCGUCACUUAUUGGAUUCUAAUUGUGGCAAGGAUGGUGAUGAAGACUGUGAUGAUAUGCGUGAUAACCACAGAAUGAAUGCUGGUUUCUCGAGAACAAUAACCAAUGUUCUAAAUAGUCCUGAUCUAAUAUCAGAUAUAAAUACUCACAGGUUGUAUCCUAAACCAGAUGAUGAUUUUGACAAUGGCAAUCAUUUUCAGUUUUCACUAUCUCCAAGACUUGACAAUUCUGAAUCAAGUUUUGACUCAAAUCGUAACAGCCCACAUACCAAAUUAUCUUUUCAUUUAGCAAGCCAAUCAAAACCUACUACCCCAACUUCGCCUUAUAUUGAACAUAGCUUUAAAGAAACUGAUUCCUAUCAUGUUUCUUCUCCAAUGGAUGCUGCUUCACCUAAUCUUUUUAAAGGAGAAGUUAGAAAACCACCACCAAACCCUCCAUCAAGACAUCAUUCAUCAAGUGAUAUGCCAGAUCAUUCAUCCCAAUCUUCUGGGCAGCCCAAGAUUCCUGUGAAGAUAUCUGUCAGCCCACCCGAACCGCCACCUCGACCUACCCCGCCAAACAGAUCUCCUUCCGUUCCUCUAGAUCAACAUAAAUCAGUAUUUCGUACUAUAAUGAGUACCAAAACCAGUGGGCCUAAAACAGUAUUUGGCAGUCCCAAAGUUUUACGGAAGAAGAAUACGCUUUUAGCUAAGAGACGUUCAGUAAGUGUUAAAGAGUUAGGAAUAGGAGACUAUCAAGGCUGGCUGUAUCGGCGACUGAGAAUUGGAGAUAGCGGUGCCCAAUGGAUCAAAGGGUGGUUUAUUCUAAAGGGGACUACAUUUUAUGGGUUUAAAAAUAGAGAGGCUCACAAGGCAGAUUGUUUCAUAUCCUUACCGGGUUUUACCACUUCUCAAGCUGAAGAAGUUAAAUCAAGGAAGUUUGCCUUCAAAGUUUACCACACAGGUACUGUGUUCUAUUUUGCUGCUGAGUCUGAUGAGGAGUUGGCUGCUUGGCUUGAUUGUCUCUCAUUUGCAACUCAUGCUAUUGAUGUAUCAACUUUAAAAACCUCAGCCGCAGAAGGCGCUGUGUUUAGUGAAACUGAAGAUGAGGGUGAUGAGGAGGCUGAGAUAGCUGACUCGUGCUUCCCAAGCCCCAAAAUGCGGAAGCUUACAAACUUCCUCUCUGGCCAUUCUAGCCAUUCCUCGAAUGUUGUUGGAGCAGGUGGAAGCCCCAAGCCAGCUCGUUCACAUCAAAAUCUUGCAUCUUCCAGUGACUCUAAAACGUAUGACAUCCAGAAAAGAUUUGGGUCUCUAAAGAAACUUGGGUAUCGAUCCAAAUACUCAAAUCAGUUGUCGUCUCAGUCUUCCAGCUCUGCAACUAGUUUGUCGAGCUCGGAUCAAUCUCAAGAGGUACCAUCUGCUCCUCACAGCCUGGAUAGAAAAGUGCUGCGAUUUUUGUCAAGUAGUAAGAGUCAGAAUGUGCCAGUUCCUACAUCUCAGUUCAAAAGUUAUAGACGUGUCGUAACUACUGAACACUGUCCACCAUUUUCAAAGAACUCUGAUGGUAACUCAAGUAGAGAUGAAACUGUUGUUGACCCAACCAGUUCACAAUCUGUGAGAAGUGUGACUAGUCCUCAUGGGGAGCAGGAUGUCAGAAGAAAUAACCGUAGUUUUGGAUCACGUGCUGAUGAUACACCGAAUACUUUAACACUAGAACAGUUCAUGCUUCAACGUCAAGAAGAAGAUCGCCAACAGAACCAACACAUUCACUCUCAGCAGCAAGACAGGCUUAGGGAGCAAGAAAGGGAUCCUGCUUCUCCAGUUCAUCGUGAAGCAAGCGAGGCUUAUACAGGUUACACUGAGGACCCAGUUCUAUCCAGGCACAAAUCACUUGAGAAAAGAAGGACCCCUCCACCAGCUCCACCUCUACUAUCACCUUUGCCUAAUCAGCAACUAUCGGUAAGGCCAGUUCCGGCAACGCGGACAAUACUUCCUGCAGCAGGAUCCAAUACUCACAGAGACAUGAAUGUAGAGCCCCCAGCCAUUGUACCAAGAACUUCAAAACCCUCUACUGACCUUACUGACUUAAGAGAUUCUGCUGGAGUCCUUAAACAUUCCAUUGGGGCUUCAGCUGAUGUUCUGCAAAGGACACCUAUAAGUCACAAGCAGCCACGACUUAAAAAUGCUGCUUUGUAUCAGCCCCCACCUGUUGCAUUUCCUCCAUCACCAAGCUUUGGGCCUUCUUUUGAAAUGCAUCUCGACCAUAGAGGAUCAGUGGCAAAUUCACCAGAUGAAAUGUGGGAGGGCUCACGAACCAAAGGAGCCAGUUCUAAAAUUCGACAACUCUUGUCUCCAAAACGUGGUUAUCAAUUACCUGCCCAUGGGCAAUUUACACCGCAUCAAUCAGAUAUGACAAUACCGGUUCCUCAAAGAACAAUUCUUGGUUCUCCACGGCUCCAUCGAGCACUCUUUCGCCAGAGCGAUGGUCGAAAGCAGAAAAAUAUGACCAUCAAUGAUUCUGCUGAGAAUUCAGUGUAUUCCCCAGCUUCAUAUGUACCUAGUGGCCCUAGUGCUACAUCAUCUCCUUUGUCAUUAUCGGACUGGUCUUCUGAUCUCACACCAUCUCCAAAGCCAACCAUGGGUGUUUCAAUGCUUGGUAAGAAGCCUGGGCCAACGCCACCAUCUUUCAGUAAUAUCAGCAACCUUUCUGCUAUGAGUCCGCCUCUCAGUCCUCCACAGACACCUCUCAGUCCUCCACCAGAUUACCCUGGACUCGAAUAUCCGCCUGUUUUUGAGCCCGGUAUUUAUUCACUUUCGGAUUCAAGCACAUUUUUAAGUCAAAGCCAAACUCCUAGCCUCUAUUCUCCUAGUUCGGAUUCGUCCAGCACCCAUCAGUCUUACAGGUGAUAAAGUCUGGCAUGGGUUACUUUUACAAUACACAUAUGCUUUUAUUUUUAAAAGAAGGAUUACAUUUUGGAAUAAUGGCUUGUCUUAUUGGUCAUUUGUAUAAGAUGUGUAUCAUGAUUUAAACUUUAUGCUAGCUAGUCCUUAGUUUAUUUCUUUCUACAUUAUUAUCGCUGGUAAUUAUACCAGCCAUUUAUCACCCAAUGCCUUUUGAUCUUAAGAAACUACAUUUCUCUUUCCCUGUGAGAAUUUCCUGAAUAUUAAGAUAAUUUUGUGUCACACUUCUUUAGUUUUGUUGCUUUUACACCAUGGAAUGUGAAUACAUACAAUACUGAAAACUAAUGUGUUUGUAAUUAGAUUUUACAAACAUGAUAUAUCACUUAUAACUUGUUUAUUAAGAAAAGUACUGCAGUAAUGUUUAAUAAGGUGGUCAGCAUUACUCUAUCAGGGUUAGUCAUUUAUGCCUUCUACGAUGUAGCACCAUUUUUGUGUUCAUAGCUGCUCACCUGUUUACUUGUCAGUGUAAGUUAAUAUUGUGUAAUUCUAACAUUGAAUUGCGUUCAAUAGUGAUUGACUGGGAAGAUUUCUGUGAUUUGGUUAGAACUGACAUUUUGAUAAAUUUUACACACCUGUUAUAUACCGUAAUUUACCUAAGAAAUUGUACAGUGCAAGUUUCUGUCUUCACGCUGGAUGUGCCCAAAAUUUCCGAAGUUUACUGCAGGUUUUGGGUGAAGUAUUUUGAAUUCUGUUUCCACACUCAUGUGUGACAUUCAGUUUAACUUCAAAUAUCUGCUGCGCUUCUAACAGACUUCUUGCCUUGUCCCCGAUGUAGUCAGACAUUGCUAUUUUAUACCCAUAGCUUCAGAGCAAUAGUAGCAAAUUACUGCUCUAAAGCCCAUAUGGAAUACAUUCUAUCCUAAUGAAUUUUGAAUGCUCUUCACCAUUACCAUAACCUUUGGAAAACAUUCUCAUGUAAUAUACAAUGUUUUUGUGAUAGGUUAUUUAUACCAGUAACAGUUUUAAAAUGUCAGAGACCAUGAAAAGUAGUGUGUUUGCGGCUGGCCGCAACAUAAGUAAACUUGAUGAUCGGCUCAAUGGUAUUUAUGUCAUAUUGUGCCAAAACUUCUUGAAUUUUAACAGGUCAUGUUUGCCCUUUUUUAAAAACCUGGUCAAAACUCUUUUGUACCCUGUGAUGUGCCCUGCUUGAAGCCUUCCCAGGCUGCUUUAUAUCAUUAGUGUCAGUAAGUUGAAAUUGACAUAUAUUAUCGGUAUAACUGCUUCAGCUGGUAUGAUCUGUCUCUCUACCAUGCAUCUCUACAAUGCAUCUACCUAUAAAUGAUGCAUAUUUUGUUUGCUCAUUUUUCCUGCGACUGUGAAUAACAAACACUAAAGGUAAUCGAUAUAUUUUUAUAUUAUAUUAUGGUGCCAUGUAUUGUUAGUCUUUUUAUUGAGCUUGUUACAUUUUACUAGAUUUCACUUCAGAAGCAUGUACCAUUUAUACAAUUUUAUUUCUCCAGCAACAUUAUCAGUAUUAAUGGAUAUUUAUUACUGGAUAGGAUAGCUUAAUGAAUUACCCAAUGUUUGGGUAUGUGUGAUACGACAUUAAAAAGAUUGUGUGAGAUUAUUAAUAAUUCUUGUUUAAGGAUGUAUGUUAUGUUGGAUGGUAAAUUAGAUGCCCUGCAAAGUUUGUAAGUAAAGCUUUGCUUACUUACAUUGUAGUUAACCCAAAGUUGUUGUAUUUAUCACAUCUUGAGACAAUAGUUUUGUGAUAUAGUUUACCUAUCCGCGCAAAGCAAUAAACUUAAGGUUCAUCAG